AUGUCCGCCUCGCUCGCCUCCUCCGUCGCGCCUCCCCGCGUGGUGCACGUCGCGGGUCGAGAGCCGACCCGACGUCAUCGUCGCGCCACCGUGACGCGCGUUCUCGCGUCCCGAGACGCCGCCGACGAGGCAUCCAUGCCCCGUCGCACCGCGCUGGCGAUUGGACUCGCCUCGCUCGCGUCGACCGCGACGCUGAACGUCGUCGCGACGCCCCCCGCGUUCGCGGGCGAGGCGGACGACGCGAUCGGCACUCGCGAAUGGGACUUCAAGACGUACAAACUCAUCGCGCCGGACGUGUACGACGAGGUUAACGUUCCGCUGGCCAAUCCCGCGAACGGCGUGGCGUCCCCCACGGUGCUCCUCCUCAAGGACACCAGGCCCACGCAGGCUGGCAACACCAUCCAGCUGUCCAAGCAGCAGGUUCCCGAGGGGGGCAUCACGUCGGUGCGAGACAUCGGCUCCGCCCAGGAAACCGCGGAGAGGCUGGUGGCCGCCGAGGAGCAGCGCAAGGCGAGCAACCCGUUCAACAAGGUGACGCCCGAGAAGAAGGUGAGGGACGCGUACGAGCGCGUCGGCCCGGGCGGCUUGGUCUACUACACCGCCGAGUACACCAAGACUGUCAUCGGCGUCGAGAGGGUCAUCGUCACCGUCCUCGUCGUCGCGGACGGGACGCUCUACACCCUCACCGCGGAGGAGGACAAGGGUAGGUUCGAGUCCGAGAUGGGCGAGGCGCUCAGGGCGUGCGCCAGGUCGUUCGUGGUGGUCGCCCAGAGCGCGCCCGCGCCGGAGCCGAAGGCUGCCGAGAAGGAGAAGGCCGCCAAGAAGAGGGGACGCAACUGA